AGAGGAAGAAAAGAGAGGAAGAAAAGAGAGGAAGAUGGAGGUGAAGAUGGAGAUGGAGGAGGUUUGGGUGUCCGGUCCGGGGCUGAGGCUCCGCGUUGGCGUUGCGGGGCUCCCUGCGGGCUCCUGCGUCGCGGAUCUGCGGGACCUUGUGACGCGCCAGCAGGGUCUUCCUCCUCUGGACUUCUACGUGGGCAGGAAUGGGCGGAGGGCGGAGCUGCAGGAGGCGGUCCAGGCCGGGGCCUCGUACCAGCUGCUGCCCCGCCUCUGUGGGGGGAAGGGAGGCUUUGGCUCCAUGCUGCGGGCUCUGGGCGCUCAGAUCGAGAAGACGACGAACCGCGAGGCGUGCCGGGACCUGAGCGGCCGCCGCCUGAGAGACGUCAACCACGAGAAAGAGAUGGCGGAGUGGCUGAAGAAGCAGUCUGAGCGUGAGGCAGAGAAGGAGCAGCGGCGAGCUGAGCGUCUGCAGAGGAAGCUGUCUGAGCCGCGCCAUCAGUUCAGCGACGCCGACUACCAGCAGCAGUGCCACGACCUCGCCGAGCGCCUCGAGGACUCCGUGCUCAAAGGCAUGCAGGCGGCCUCCAGCGGCCUGGUGCACGUGGAGGAGCGAGCAGCCAAGAGAACAAAGCCGGAGCAGAGUCAGCACGCCGCCAAGAGGAAGUGCUUCUGGACGGGAGGAGACCUGGACCAGCUGGACACCUCAGAGGACGACGAGGACCAGGACCAGGACCAGGACGAGGCUCCAUCCACGUCCUCCUCUGGCCUCAGCCGAGACUCACACAGACAGGAACCAGAACCAGAACCAGAUCCUGGAGCAGAUCCUGGAGCUGAAGCAGAACCUGGAGCAGAUCCUGGAGCAGCAGGAAGAGCAGGCGAGGCGGGGCGGAGCGUCUCCAUGGCGACGCCCAGCAGCAGCUCCUGCGCUGCAGAGCUUCCAGAAGCUUCCAGCUGUCACACACAGCAGCCGAAGGAAGCCGAGCAGGAGGAGGUCAGAGCCGAGGAGGAGGCGGUCAGAGGCGAGCAGGAGGAGGUCAGGGCCCAGCAGGAGGUGGUGGUCCCGGUGCAGCUGGAGGAGGUCAGGGCCCAGCAGGAGGUGGUGGUCCCGGUGCAGCUGGAGGAGGUCAGGGCCCAGCAGGAGGUGGUGGUCCCGGUGCAGCUGGAGGAGGCCUCCUGUGCUCAGCAGCUGGAGGCUCUGGGUCUGGACGUCCUGAAGGAGGAACUGUCCCGCCGGGGGCUGAAGUGCGGAGGAACGCUGGCCGAGCGCGCCGCCCGCCUCUUCUCCGUCCGCGGGCUGACGGCCGAGCAGAUCGAGCCGGCGCUGCUCGCCAAGCCGGCCAAAGGCAAGAGGAAGUGAGGUCAAAGGUCACGGCUCAGGCUGCGGGGCGUGUGGACGUGCAGCUGACACUUUUUGUUUGUUUGUUUGAGUCUAAUCAGACAGUCUGUCCACCUGCAGGGGGCGCUGCAGCAGCACAGAGCCUCUCUGCUGUAAAACUCACAUCAUUUUACAGCCAUGGAUUAUAAUUUCAGU